CUUCUACUUAACGAGUCAUCGCUCGUUACUUAUACUUUUUGAUAUAGCUAGCCUAUCCCCAUCCCUCUUUCUCCACGUUGCCGCCGGCAUGAGCGACACAAGGGACGAUGAAGACGAUACGGCCAAGAACCCAACCCUUUGCCUAAUGUGCUGCUAGUGUCAGGAAACUGGCUUCGGAUAUGCAUGGGGCUUGCAAGGUAUGGGUAAUCAUUGAUACUGCAAGAAUCAAUGUGUUGUUCUUGUUCUUGUUCUUGUUGUGUCGAUCUUUCAUCCGUUUGAACACCUUUGUCAACGCUUCCUUUGGUGCAUGUCGCGUACUAUGCCCAUCUGAGAUCAUCAUCACUCUCGAGAGGGUUCGAUGCAAUACACUGUAGCAGGGCAUCCAGAAGGAAUGUUAUUUCGUGCAGUUCAGUCGAUAUUCGUGUAGUCCGAUACUGGCGAUACGCAGGAGUCUCCAUGUGCACGAGGUUCUUAGCAUUUGCAAUAAGCGCUCUUUCGGCUCCUUCGGGUGUGAUCCCUACCGGUCCCUGGCCUUUCUAUAAAGAUUAUGUUUGCCUAUUGCUGAUCUACUCUCCCUCGACUGAUCUAUCCUCAGAUCCUCUUCCACUCUUCCAACGAUUACAUGGAGUCAUUCCUAUCACCAAUCCGAUCGCUCAAAGGCCACACUCACUGGGUGCAAGAAGUGGUAUUCUCGAAAAAAUCAAAGUCAUGGGCACGUCCAACAACGGGACUGUUCGGAUUUGGGAUGUAGUAGCAGGGAAACAAGUUGGAGCAUUGACAGGACACAAAAGUAGGACUUUCGGACUGGAUGUAUCGAUAGACGGAAGAAGAAUUGUGAGCGGGGCGGAGAACGGCAAGAUCAUUAUAUGGGAUGCACAGACGAAGAAGAAGAUCAGACAUCUAUUCAAACACACAAUGAGGGUCAUUUGCGGACGGUUCUUUCCUGAUGUGAGAACACUCGCCUCCGCAUUGUCCGACAGCACACUCAAGAUCUGGAAUGCAGAGACAGGAAAACUCGUGUUCAACAUCGAUGAUCACCAAGACGGUGUACUGACAGUAGCCUAUUCUCCAAAUAGAACCAAGAUUGCAAGUGGGUCAGACGAUCAGACGGUUCGCAUCUGGAACGCAGCGACUGGCAAGCAUCGCCGUCUCAUUUCUGCCUGUAAUGAUGGCCAGAUUUACUUCUGGAGUGCGCCUACUGGUGCUCAGCUCGGAUCCCCACUGCCUGCCCAUUCCAACAAGAUUAACUUGUUGGUCAUCCCACCUGAUGGUGAACUGAUAGCCAGUGCAUCCGUGGAUCACACAGCGAGGCUGUGGAGCACCUCUACCCGCAAACCUUUUGGUCAUAUGCUCCAGCAUGCCUCUGGGGUAAGCACAGUAGCCUGCUCGCCGGAUGGCCAGCUUGUCGCCACAGGUGGUACAAUCUUUCUGUGGGAUAUCUCGCAGGCGAUCAUCACCAUGACGAAUACCUUGUCGCCCUCGUUUGUUACUCCGGUGUCCCAUAUCACAAGCAACCUCGACCAGGUAAUGAAUUCGAGUCUUGUCUUAACAUCAGCAUAUCUAAUGCAGGUUGUCGUCAAGGUGUCGGGGUGGCUCCAGUCCUCCGUCAUCGGAGCUAGUGUCUUCCACGUCAAUGCCAGACGAGGGAACUGA